AACCUAACCUAUUGAACUUUUAAGUUCUAUUGUUUAUCAGUAAUUUUAAUCUUUUUAGAUUGCUAUAUUUUUAUUUUUUUAGUAUAGUAUUUUGUUAAGUGUUGCUUUUAUUAGUUUCAAAGUGAAAUAUCCUUUAUAUUUGUAAGAUGAUGAAGUGUGUAGCUGUAGAACAUCAACCUUUCAGCUUUGUUAUUAAAACAUAGGCCUAAUGCUACUACACAACUUUUCUAUAUUUCUUUAAUUACAAAACAACGUUAAUGAAAUUGGUAUAGUUAACUAUGGCUUUUAAAUCUUGUGUCCCAGAGAUUGCUCGUUUGUCCUCUAGGGUCAUUUCAAUACUAGGAUGCAACCCAGGGCCCAUGACCUUACAAGGAACUAAUACAUAUCUCAUUGGAACUGGAAAGAGGCGGAUACUAUUGGAUACAGGAGAUGAAAAUGUUCCUCAAUACAUUGCCAACUUGUCCAAGGUGUUGAAAGAUGAAGUAUGUGAUAUUGAACAUGUUGUUGUAAGUCAUUGGCAUCAUGACCACAUAGGGGGAGUUCCAGAUGUACUUAAAUUGACCAAGUCAGAUUGCAAAGUUUGGAAGUAUCAACAAAUAGACGAAGACGGCAAUUUAGUACCCUCUGAAAUACCAUUCAACUGUUUAUCUAACGGUCAAGUUUUAUCAACUGAAGGGGCCUCAUUGAGAGUGAUACACACUCCAGGACACACAACGGACCAUGUAGUGCUGACCUUGGAUGAAGAUGGUGUGUUAUUCAGCGCGGACACAGUCUUGGGAGAAGGCACGGCUGUGUUUGAAGAUCUAAAAGAUUACAUGAACUCUCUACAUGUUAUAAAGGAUGCCAAACCUAAAGUCAUCUUCCCUGGACACGGUCCUGUGAUUGAGAACCCAGAUCAAGUAGUGGCAUACUACAUUGCUCAUAGACAAAAUAGAGAAGAUCAAAUUGUGAGUGUGCUAAAGAAGGCGCAUCAACCUCUUAGUGCUGCUGAGAUUGUGCAAACCAUCUAUUCUGAUUUAGAUGAACGACUUUUAUUAGCUGCAGAAAAUAAUGUUAUUAAACAUUUGAUCAAGCUUGUAAAAGAAGAAAAGGUCAUUGAAAUUGAUGACAAAUGGCAACUUAUAGAGCAAACGUCAAAGUUUUAGGCCUAAUACCACACAAGGCUUUUACACCAGUAUACAGUUUAUGUAACACGUGAUAUUAUAAUAAUCAACAUGCAAGCAAUAUAGACUUUGACUUGUUCACAUUUGUUUGAACCAUCGAUCUAUUACUACAACUGGAUCGCGCGCUGUGUGCUGGGUUUUCGGUCCGGUUGCUCGGAUCUUCCCCCACCACCUAACGCCUGAACUGUCUCUCUCACUCAUUACUUCUUAUUGUUUCUGUAUUUGCGCUCACAAAAUACGCUACAUCUCUGUUCACUGUUACUCCAUAUUCAAUUAAUUUACUUAAACAGUUGUAAUCUCCAUGAUACUGUGGAGAUUAUGGAAUAGAUUUUAUAUCAAAAUCAUUCGGUUUUAGAUUACAUUCGAUACUAAAAUCUGCUAAACACAGUCUGAUGCUGCCACUUUAAAUUGUAAAGCUGUUAUCUUCGCUAAUGAUUAAUUUAUUUGUCCGGUAGUCAAUCCGUCCAGUAGUUAAUGCGUAAUUGAACUUCAAACAAACAAACACACAAACUUUCACAUUUAUAAUAUUAGUAAGAUAACAGAUAUCCAUUAGCUUUUAUUAACUUCACUUCAUGGGUGGUUUCUCCCAGCUAAUAGACAUCCAUCUUCAUGGUCUCUAAAAAUAGUUUUGGCAGAAGUUCCAAAACUAUUUUCAGAGACCAUGAAGAUGGAUAUCAAUUGGAUAGCAUGCCAUGUUCACAACAUGAUAAACCAUUUUUUCCUUUGUAAUAUUAUUAUUCAAAAUAGACUGGAAAAACUUAACUAACUUAAACAGUUCUUGAGAAGAGUAAAACAAACCACCCAUAUCUAUAGAAGCCGUGAAAUCCAUGUGUGGCUGAGGCCGUGUUGAUCUUUGUUUGGGCCAUCCUUAUUUCCCUCCAAUCUCCUUAAUCUGGUGGAAAGUGAGUGAACUAAGUAAUGCAGUGUUUGUGUUUGAUUGGUGCUGAACUCUGGUGGGCAAAGCCUGAACUUGGUGGAGUGGGUGAUCUUAUCUACUUUCUCUCUUCUGGAAAAGUUUUCAGACAAGCAACAUGUCUAGGGUUUUGUUUGGUGCAGUGUUAAAGUUUCUAAGUAUUGGUUUAAAGUAAAUGUAAAUAUGUAGUGCUUCAAGUAAUUAUUUUCUUUAAUAACUUCCUAUAAAGAUGUAAAGAUCUUCGAAAGUGGGUAAGAUCACUCCAGCAUCAUAAGUGAACAUUAUUAGCAUCAGUAACUUCAACAGACAUUAUGUGGCCACUUCCCUUCCUUCCUCCAAGUCCAUUUAACCAUUAUUAAUUAUUGGGGAAAUUAAUGCAUCUGGCCAGAUUUAAACUAAUAAAUCUAAAUAAAGUUAAAUAUGACUGUAAGAUAAAAGGUACACUUAAUUUCUAGGUAAAAGUAAACUACAAUCCAUGUUAACUGUGAUGAGUGAGAGCCUUAAUAAACCAAUUGUUUCAAAUGUAUGUAUUGUUCUUCAUGUCUAGCCCCAAAUAAGUCACCAAAGCAAGUCAGAUAAUACAGUCCACUUAAGUGUAUGCUUAAAAUAAAGUCAGUAAAAGUCAAACACGGGCAUUGGUCCGAACAAUCUUAGUUUCACUAAAACGUUCAAACAUUCUUUAUCAUCAAUUUUCCAGAAAUGUAAUAACAAUACAUUCUCCUGGUAAUACAGAUUACCAAUUAAGGGUUGACAGAAAAGUCGAGACUUGAAUCUAGUAAUGUGCACCUGCAAGACGUUCCCGGGUAUCUCGUCAAUUUCAUUUUAAAACAUUUCCGUUUUGAAUCAAAUUUUUUACAUAAUGUGUUCAAAUGAAUUGAUUCGAAAAUAUAAUAAGCUCUACCUUAUAUUUUUCAUUUCAACUUAAAAAAAAUAUUAUUUUGACUUAACUCCACUAACUCAUGCUGGGGCUUUUGUCAUUAGAUAAAUUUUAAUCCGUCCUAUUAUAGGGAUUUAUUUUAAAGUACAAAGUAGUACACAUUUUGUAAAUAAAGUAGGCUUAGAGGGCUAUACCUUUUUCUUGCUUUGAUAAUGAAUGGUACAAUGGAGUUUGUAAUAAUAAAACAACAUCAAAACCUCCGUACUUACAUGAUGAAUACAACAGUGAAACCCGAAUGUGAACCGAAUAAGUAUCAACAAAGAUACGACAGUAUAUAUCAAUGAAAACACAGUAGCCCCAUAUUAAGUGUAUGGCAGAAGCUGUGGAAGGGGGUGCGCCGGACCGAUACGAACAAAAUUUCUGAGCAGCACAGCCUGCGAUCCAGUUGUAGUAAUAGAGAUGAAUGGUUUGAACUUAUUUAAAAAUAUGUGAUAAGUGACAGCACAAAGUAAUAUAUUUAGUAGUAAAAAUUAUGUUACCAUUUUCAGUCAACUA